AAUCUGACAUUAUCGCGAUAGGCAGUCUCCUCCUCUUAUGCAGUUCAGCGGUAGGGGCCUGACGCUGGAAUGCGAAACUACAAGUUAUUUAGCCAAAACAAAAAAAUUGACAAACGUCAGCGCACCAUAUCAGAAAUAUCACAGCUCUCCUCGGGACCCAGCUAUGGUCCGAGACAUGAGGGGGAGUCAUAACAUAUGUUUUGUCUCUCCUCUCUGCACCGUCAGGGGAUGAGACUAGGUCGGCUAUUUCGGCGUCUGCAGCUUUGGGCUCGUUGACUCUCUGUGUUGGCUCAGGAUGGCGCAGGGAGGCUCUCAGCUCGACUACCACGUCCUGCAGGACCUCAAGCAGCGAUUCCCAGAGAUCCCAGAGGGGGUGGUGUCACAGUGCCUUCUGCAGAACAACAAUAAUCUGGAUCUUUGCUGCCACCUGCUGGCUCAGGAGAGUAACAGAUACCUGUAUGGGGAGUUCCAUCACAGUCCAGAGGAGGGGCGGCUCAGUCGAAACCACAUGCUACACAUUAGCGUUGGUUACCCAGGCUCAGAGGCAAGCAAAACAAAUGGAGGAGCAGUAGGAGUAGGCCGCUCCCUCGUGCACAGCACCAGUGACACUCACAUCGAACCCCAGCGGCCCAGCUACCCUGAGCCACUAUCAGCUCCUGCCACCAUAGCUCCUUCCCCGGGAUAUAAUCCUUUCUUUAUGAACGAUCAAAGCCGCUCGGCCAGCACUCCCACCCCUCCACCCACAAUGCAGGGCAUGUCUCCCACAUACUCCCCCGUUCCACGUUAUACUAUGAACCCUAUAACAGUCAGUCUUUCGCAAACCAUACCCAGUGUCCCACAAGCUCUGCAGAUCCCUCCUGGGCACUAUCCUAACAAUACCAAUACCACCUUGUACAUUCGACCUUCACCCUCUCAGAGUCCACAGCCAGCACCCUGGUCAGCCCCAGGGGCGCCUGUCUAUCAGCAGUCUCCCUAUAGCACGCCCACAUAUGUCUCUCCUUACAGCUCCCCGCAGCACCAGCCACAGCCCCAACCACAACCCCAGCCACAGCACCAGCAAUAUGUCUUCCUCCCUAUUAGCUCACCAAAUGUCCCCAGCAUGCCCUACCAUCACCAGCAGCAGCCCCAGCAGCAGCCAGCCGUUUACAGGCCCUACCACACAAAAUCCUCCCUUAAGAAUCAGAUAGAGAUUACUCUGGAGGGUCCACGGCCACGCAGCAACUCACCUGUGCACACCCCACACCCCCAGGGAGCGCUUUACAUGGCCACCAGCACUUCGCCAAGUUCCCCGUCAAGGGCUAUCACAAUGACUGGACCCUCAGGAUCAGCAGCGUUCCACCAUGGGAUGUAUCUGCCUGCAAGGCCUCGACCUGCCUCCUCUCCUCAGCCGGGCCAGUCAGCCUAUACCUUCAAAAUCAAAGUGUCCCCAGGAGGUCAGGCUCAGAGGCCACCAAGCUCGCCUCCUGUGGCCGAGGCAGAGUCUCUUCUCAACAUUGUAGAUCAAGGGGAGAACAGCGCUGCCCCUCCACCCAUCCUUCCCAUUUCGGCUCUACCGGGGAAUGUCAGUCACUUUCAUCAAAUGCCCCGACGUUCAAGCUCAGGCUCUGAUGACUAUGCCUACACACAAGCUCUCCUGCUCCACCAGCGGGCGAGGAUGGAGCGUUUAAUGAAGGAACUGCGGCUGGAGAAGCAGAAACUGGAGCAACUGAAAGGCGAUGUCAACAAUAUGGAAUAUGAUGCCCUUCAAAGACGCUUUCGACGAGUCAACUCCACCAGUCUUAUACCCAGACCUGAAGAGAUGACCCGACUACGGAGUCUCAACAGACAGCUUCAGAUUGAUAUUGACUGUACACUGAAGGAGACCGAUCUGCUGCAGUCUAGAGGGAAGUUUGACCCCAAAGCAAUGAACAACUUUUAUGACAAUAUUGAGCCUGGUCCAGUAGUGCCGCCCAAACCUGUGAAGAAAGAAGGGGAGCAAAGCUCCAAGCCUGUGCCGGCGCCCCAGAGGGAUGAGGACUUUGAGGGCGCCCAUUGGGACUGUGAAAGCUGCACCUUUCUCAACCACCCUGCACUCAACCGCUGUGAACAGUGCGAGAUGCCACGCUACACCUGAACUUAGCACUGCGCUGUAUUGCUCCCAUCCUUUGCAAAUCCUUGGAUACUAUAAGCCGCACCCCUCCAGAAUCUGUCUAGGGAUCUUCCCCUGUCAAUCAAUAUAUAAGUCCCUCUGACCUGCUGAGGAAGAGCCACUAUCCCUCUCUGCCCACCUGUCCUGUCCCAUCCACUACUCCUGUGCACUUUGACCUUAGUUUUAUUUUGGCGGAUGAUGAAUCUCAUUCAGGACAGUCAGAGACUCCUCUCAUAGCAAAUCUAUAAAAGAAGGAGUGACGCUCUGUGACUCUGGCAGUAGGUGGCUCAGGCUUCAGUAACGUCAAAGCGAUUUGAGGAUAGAAGAGAAGGAGCUACGGUUUACCUAGCGAACAUUCCACGCAGAACGAGUGACUGCCCUGUUUACACUGUGCCCAUUCCUGAACUCAAAAUGGAGGCACUUCCACUUUAAUCCAGGAUCCCGAACUCCCUCUCUCCGAUAGUGGAACGACAGAAACAAUGGUAUAUAAGUUCUGACUAAUGCGAAAUGUAGACUGUACACUGUAUCUGGCUCUGUAUUAGAGCUCAUUUCACUGAAAGAACACUAAAGACACUUGCAUACAAGUAUAUUCCUGGUACUUUUAUGCAUAUUAUGCCACCAUGUAUUAUGUGUUCAAAAGAUAUUGUUUCCGUGCAAAUGCCUCAACUUGCUGUACUUAAUAAAGGAGCUGAUUCUAUGUGACUUGA